AUGGCCUCAAUGCUUCCGCCUUCGGUGGCGCGAAUUGUUACAAUUGUGUUGAGAGUCCUGAUUGCCCUCAUUUCCUUUGCAACUCUCAUGGUGCUCGUCACCAAUAGUCAAGACUAUGAUGACGUUACGGACGGCCUGAAAAGGAAAACCUUUCGUUUUACUGAUUCAAUUGGACUCGAAUACAUGGCUGCCGCAAUAGUUAUCGGAAUUGGGUAUUCAAUAUAUGGAACGGUAGUUAUGGCUUUGCGCAUCAAGAGAGGAAAUGAUGAAGGGAAUCUGUUGAUUGAUUUCUAUGGCCAGAAGGCUUUGUCAAACUUAUUAGUUACAGCAGCUGUUGCCGGAUAUCUUGCAAUCCAAAGUUGGAAGGAGAAUAUGGACAAACUCCAAAAAAUGACGAACGUCCCGCUUGCGACUUUUGAUUCAUAUUGGGGUACGUAUAAGACAUGUUGUGGACUUCUCAUCCUUCCCUUCCUUCUCUCUAUGGUAGUGUCGAUCCUUUCUACCCAUACCCUUACUAGAAGGGAUUAUUAA